AUGAGCUCCAGCGCGUCGCCGAAACCCGCCACGAGCCCCGUGGUCCAGGUGAUUCUGGCGUUUGAGGCCUCUCAGAAGGACCACGACGAGCCCCCCAACGACCCCAUAAACGUCAACGCUAUCGAUACCGACGAGCAGCUCACGCCGGCAACCGACUUGCUUGUGACCGAUGCAGUCGACACGGCGCCCAUUGGGCCUCCAAAACCACAGGACUCCCUGGCGUUCCUGUCGCUACUGAGCCAGAACGAUGACAACACGGAAACAAAUGAGGAAAGCUUCAAUGACUCCACGCCGUCUGCGUUGCCACGCAUGCCGGGCACAUACGACUUCAACGGGCUAAAAGACGCCAUGUCGCUGGAAAGCAUAGGCGACUUGGAGCCCCCGGCAAGGAAAGACCUCGAUCUGAAGUCCCUAGGUAGCCCUGUGGUGCUCGGCGAAAAAACGAAAGAAAAAGAGGCGCCGCUCGAGAGCGACGACAAGAGAGCGGAUUCUGUUGGCUUGGGCAUUUCCACCGAAAACACGCCUUAUGUGCCUCCUCCAGCUGAGGACCCCAUCGAAGUGCCAGAGAGAGGUGACCUUGCCACUGGCGAGUUGGAUAUUUCUCGUAGCCCUUACCUCGGCACGCCUGAAAUCGAACAGUACAAGCCUCAGCUCGAUCCGGGCAAGCCUCGUGCCCUGUUGGACAUUGACGAGAUCUUGAACAGAAACUCAACCGAUACCGACCAGCUGUCGAUGGAAAACAAGUUGUCCGACACGCUCAACAGAAUCCCCACCGUUCAGGACAACAUUGACGACGACAAGGACGAUAUGAUGAACAUGAGCCACUCGACGUCGAUCGACGAGUUGGGUUUCAUGGAUAACCAGCGCUCGCUUUCCAACCUGACCGUUAUCAGAAGCCCUCCUCCACCUCCCCUGAACGCUCAAGGUUACAAUCCCACUCCGGCCAUCACAGGAGGAAACCAGACGCCUCGCACAACCUCUGCUAACCGCACUCCCCAGCUGAAUAGCACAAUAAGGUAUCCUCAUUUGGCCCAGAAAUCGCCUCGAGACCUCGAUAUGGGCGUGAUUCACUCAAACGCCAAACUCUCGACUCCGCAAAAUGGCAAGAAGAGACGUUCAGGCAGCAGAGUCAAGGGCGUCUUCAGUCUGAUGUUUGGCAAGUCCAAGAGCUCUCAAGGAUCGCCCGAAUUGAGCAUGAAAAUCAGUACGCCUUUCAAUCCGCAGCACACCCAGCACGUUUCUGAGGCUCCAGAUGGCUCUUUGGCCGGUUUGCCUGCUGAAUGGGAAAGACUUCUUCUGUUCCAGGGUAUCUCCAAGAAAGAACAGGAGCAGCAUCCUCACACAAUGCGUGAUAUCAUGGCGCUUUUCUUCGAGGAGAAAAUCGGCGAAAAGAAAGGCCCCAUGGAAGAGGCCGGCUCUCAGAGCCCUUCCCUCGGUUAUGCCAACGAAAGCACUUCCUCAUUUGCUCAGUCGUCACCGCCAUCAACACCUACAGCCAGCUCCAGUCUGUCUGAUGUCAACAAUACGUCGCAAAACGGUCCUCAAAUUUCCACGCCAGUCCAGCAGGUCACCCAGAAAACGCCAGGCACAAACCAAGAUGGCCAGUUUAUCCCAAGUCGCCCGGCUCCAAAACCACCAUCAACACCUCUGGCAUACGCUCCCACUCCACCCACAACGGACACUCCUCGCUCCAAAAUGUCUAUGAUGGGCCGUCGUUCUUUAUCCAGCAAAUCGCUUAAAAAAUCGUCCCAAAAGCCUGACAUUGCUCCCCCACCGCUUCCGAACAUCAGCGGUCCAAUUCGUGUUGCUCCUCAACCACCUUCCCAAAUACCAAAAUCUAAGUCCCACAGCUACUCGCUUGCUCAGCAAACUCAGGCGACCAACAAGGGCUCAACGACAGCUCCAGUUGCUCCAACCUCGAGAUUCCAGGAUCAACAGGCAUCAGACAAGGAAUUCAAGGCUCAUAGAGCUCCACCUCCUCCACCAGUCCACAAGACGCCAGCUCAGGCCCUCGAGCACAUCACUUCAGACAGUGCGACGUAUGAACGCGCCAAGUCCAGCGAUCAAAAGAAGCCUCUGGGUAACGAUCAAGCUCAGGUGUCUUCCUCGCAACAGCAGCCUAUUAGAGAUGCUAAGAAAGCUGCGCUUUUGACGCAAAAGAGAAGAGAAGAGAAGAAACGCAAGAACCAGCAAAUCAUCUCCAAGUUGCAAAGUAUAUGUACCGAGGGUAACCCUAAUGACUACUACAAGGACCUCAAGAAGAUUGGUCAAGGUGCCUCCGGUGGUGUGUACAUCGCUAGGUCUGUGGCGGGUCCAUCAGGCAAGAUUGUCGCUAUCAAACAAAUGAACCUCGAGCAACAACCAAAGAAGGAGCUCAUCAUUAAUGAAAUUUUGGUCAUGAAGAGCAGCAGGCAUGACAACAUUGUCAACUACAUCGAUUCAUUCCUCAUAAAAGGUGAGCUUUGGGUCGUCAUGGAGUACAUGGAGGGUGGCUCUUUGACUGAAAUAGUUACUCACAGUGUCAUGACGGAGGGACAGAUUGGUGCUGUUUGCAGAGAGACAUUGAAGGGUUUACAAUUCUUGCACAGCAAGGGUGUCAUUCACAGAGAUAUCAAAUCCGAUAACAUCUUACUUAAUGUGGAUGGUAAUAUCAAGAUGACAGACUUUGGUUUCUGCGCUCAAAUCAACGAACUCAACCUCAAACGUACCACCAUGGUCGGUACUCCAUACUGGAUGGCUCCGGAAGUUGUUUCCAGAAAGGAGUACGGCCCUAAGGUGGACGUCUGGUCCUUGGGUAUCAUGGUCAUUGAGAUGAUCGAGGGUGAACCGCCAUACUUGAACGAAACUCCAUUGAGAGCUUUGUAUUUGAUUGCUACUAAUGGUACACCCAAAUUGAAGGAACCCGAGGUAUUGAGUUACGACAUCAGAAAGUUCCUCAAUUGGUGUUUGCAGGUCGACUUCAACAAGAGAGGCACUGCUGACGAGUUGUUGCAAGAUAAGUUCAUUCUCAAGAGCGACGAUGUCUCCUCGUUGGCUCCAUUGGUGAAGAUUGCUCGUAUGAAAAAGGCCAGCGAGAACGCUGACGAUUAG